UAUAGCUGUCUUUAUCGCCGACCGCCCCUGGGAACGAACAGGUUGUCGUUUAACCUAGAAAACAUGGCAGAUAAUGAGUGUUAUGCACAUAUUGGGAGUUCACGACUGACGCGGUACCUCAGCUGACGAUACAGCCUCUACGACUCUUACGACUGAUUGCUUAUAUGACCGGCAUCCGUAACGUUCCAUGCAUUUGCUAUUUAUAACGCGUCCUUUCAGUGGAUGUCUGCAGACAACGUGCAAGACUUGUCAUAACCACAGUCGCCAUGAUAGAACGCCGCAAGCAACGGUCAAAUGGCGUCCGGUCUCUCGAGGAAACGGGGGGCAACAGUGAUUUGGAAAUGGCUAAGCCAAAAGCCAACGCUGGUAGAAGACGCUACAUAUAUUUACUCUUGAUCGUGCCUAUAUUGUGGUUUCUGGUUGUACUUAAAGUGGCUUUGUUUGAUGCGGAGAGGGGCAGUAAACCGGCGUCUCAUCACGCAGCUGGCGACCGGGCGCCGGUUGUUAUGGAUGAUAGUUAUGUUGAUGAUGUAAAAUAUGAAGAAAUCAAAAGUUGGAAGAGGGACGAUGACACGAGGGAUGAUCACAUAGUCAAUCUUCAUGCAGAUGUUCCGAAGAAGAAAAGUAAAAUGAAGGUUCUCCAGGCACAUCCGGGUCUUGGCGAGGGCGGAGCUGCGUCUAUUGUCGAUGCGUCGUUGCUGAAUCCCACGGAGAGGACGGCGUUUGAACUAGGAGAUUCCGUCCACCACUUCAAUGAGUUUGUGAGCGACAAGAUCUCCCUGGUGAGAUCGGUGCCGGACUUCAGGAACCCAGAGUGUCAGGCCGCCUUCCAGUUCUACCCUAAAGAUCUCCCCUCCGUAUCCGUGGUCAUCUGUUUUUAUAACGAGGCCUGGUCAACACUCCUCCGGACAAUCCACUCCGUGUUGAACAGGACCCCUGCCAACCUCUUGGAGGAGAUCCUGCUGGUCGACGACGGAUCAAAUCUCGAGGACCUGGGUGAGCCGCUUGACGAGUACACGGCCGCCAUGCCGAAAGUGCACGUGGUCCGGACCAAUAGGAGGCUGGGGCUGGUGAGAGCCCGGAUGGAGGGUAUCAAGUUCGCCAAGGCUCCGGUUCUGGUGUUCCUCGACUCCCACUGCGAGUGUGGCAAUGGGUGGUUGGAGCCUUUGUUAGUGCCCAUCAAAGACAACCCCUCUACCGUUGUCACCCCCACCAUCGACGUCAUCGACAAGGACGACUUCCGUAUCAACAACGCCGACAACAACAUAGGCGGCUUCAGUGCAGAGUCUAUGACGUUCAACUGGAUCUCAGUCCCGCCAAGGAUCAAUCGCUACAGGACCACAAUGGCAGAUCCGUUUGUCUCCCCGACAUUGGCCGGUGGACUGUUCGCCAUCAACAAGGAAUACUUCAGCAGCAUAGGGCUGUAUGACACAGGCCUGGAGGUGUGGGGAGGGGAGAACCUGGAGCUGUCACUCAAGCUGUGGAUGUGCGGCGGCAAGAUCCUCAUCAGCCCAUGCUCCAGGGUGGGCCACAUCUUUCGCCUCAAGUCCCCGUAUGUUAACGUUGGGGACACGUUCCUGUCCAAGAACGCGGCGCGCGUGGCGGAAGUGUGGCUGGAUGAGUACAAGUGGUUCCACUUCAAGAGCAACCCCUUCUCACCCUCCGACUUCGGGGACAUCACCGGGGCCAAGGAGCUACGUAGUAAACUCAAGUGUAAGCACUUUGACUGGUAUCUGGAGAACAUCUACCCCGAGUUGUUCAUUUCCGGUUCCGGAGACCACUUCGGGCAGAUUUCUCAUGUAGGAACGGGCCUGUGUCUGUCGGCUCCUGGCUGGGAGCAGCCGUUAGCUAUGUUCACUUGUGACACUGGGACAAUUUGGGAAUCUGACAAAAUGCUGGAGAUUCGCCAUAACAUUUACUGCGUGGACUUUUAUCCCGGCGUGCACCAGGCGCCCUCCACCUCCAUGUGCAAGUCGGAGCAGACGACACAGGUGUGGACGUUCAAAAAGGUUGAAGGUCAGAUUCUUCACCAGAUGACCAACACAUGUCUGACUGUGAAGGAUGCCAAGAGUAUCACACUGGAGCCUUGCGUCCCUGGGGAUGUCUCACAGAAAUGGAGUUGGCCCACGAAUCCCCAUUUCCAGUUUAACAGAACAGCUGCUGACGAAAUGGCGAAAGAGGCAGGCUGGUGAAGCACUCGGCACGCAUCGGUAGAGUCCGGGAAUGGUCCAUAACGUCACAAAUAGAAAACUUUUACAAAUGUGUUUUUUUCAAAGACCGUAUAUUGUGUGUGAUCUCUGGUAUACAGCUAGAAAGUGCUGAUACUGUUAUAACAAAUGUUCCGUCACUCCUGGCUUCAGGGGUACUAUUCGUUGCUACUCGCGUCUUUCCGGAGUCAUUCGGCAUGGCCCGGAAUGACACGAGUAGACACGAAUGUGUGUGAAAAGCUCCCAGGUUGCAUGUAAGGCCAGUUAGAUAAAUAUUAUCUGUCUAUUUGUAAAUCUGAGUGGGUAGGGAGUGGCAAAUAUUUUUAAUUAGGUUACAUUCCAAUACAACUAAGUAGGAAGAGCCAUGACCACAGCUAGUUCCUAUGGGAAUGUCAUGUACCUAAGUGACAUGGCUCAGUAAAUAAAUCGUAAUGUUUUGCAAAAAUGACAUUUGAUUUGAACAGUGUUUAAAAAAUAUAAGUACCAGGACCGGGUGGGUCAUGAAAAACAUGCAAUUUAUUUUAACAGGCUAACUUUGCGAAGAUGUCUGGCAUAUUUCCAGACUCUCAGUAUCUAUAUACUACCUUCAGAUCAAACAUUAGUGGCCGAAACAUACAUUUUUGUAGUUCAUUAAAUCUAAACAUUUGCAUAUAAAAGUGUAUUGAUUCUAAAUUCGUCUUUGCUGCAAAUACUGUGAAUGUGUACAGAUGUUACCGGUUGGGUAGACGGGUGGAGCAGAGUUCUCCUUGUGACAAUAUGUUGAUGAAAGAUCAAUGGGGGUAAUGGGGUGUGGAUGGAGGACGGGGCUGGACCCCCCUGCUCCUACGGGUCUGCAUAAUGACACACUACAAUUUGGUCAUAGAUAAAAAAAACAAAUCACAUGUGAUAUAAUCACGCAAUAACAACCAAGAGUACAAUAGAGAAAGCACGAUAUAACGACCAUACAAUAACGACCAAGAGUACAAUAGAGACAGCACGACCAUACAAUAACGACCAAGAGUACAAUAGAGACAGCACCACCAUACAAUAACGACCAAGAGUACAAUAGAGACAGCACGACCAUACAAUAACGACCAAGAGUACAAUAGAGAGAGCACGACCUUACAAUAACGACCAAGAGUACAAUAGAGACAGCACGACUAUACAAUAACGACCAAGAGUACAAUAGAUACAGCACAACCUUACAAUAACGACCAAGAGUACAAUAGAGAGAGCACGACCUUACAAUAACGACCAAGAGAACACUAGAGACAGCACGACUAUACAAUAACGACCAAGAGUACAAUAGAUACAGCACAACCUUACAAUAACGACCAAGAAUACAAGAGACAGCACGACCUUAGAAUAACGACCAAGAUACAGCAGAGACCGCAUCACCAUAAACUAACGACCAAUAGUACAAGAGAGUAAGUAGAGGCAGCACGAUAGAACGACCAAGAGUACAAUAGAGACAGCACGACCAUACAAUAAAGACCAAGAGUACAAUAGAGACAGCACUGUAGUCCUCAUCAAUCCAGCGGUAAAACUUAUCUGAAGGUGACGACAGCCUCUCGGUAAUAACUGCCUCACAAAGACUUCAGACUUUAAUUACUUUAAUGUAACGCAAUAAAACCACGGUAGGGGUCAUGAAAAAUACUUUAUCUCACUUGAAUAUUUAUUCGUAUGACUGAGCGUUUUGAGGUGUGUAGUGGGCAUAUUGAUGGGGUCAAGACGAGUGUGUAUUUGAGGUUUUCAUGAACAUGUCUGGAAGAGGGUAUCUGCAUCAAAUAAGAGGAAGGAGAGAUUGAUUUUAAUCAAAAUUAUUUAGGAACUUUAUCCUUUACAUUAUGAUUUGUAUGUUACACUGGAAUGUAUCUCUAUAGAGCAGACGUUUUUUGUUUAUAGAUUUUUUAUUUUAUUAAAUCAGGUCAGUUGAUAAAAUAAGUAUAAACAAAAGAUUUAAAUUGCAAAUCAAUAUUUUUUAUUUUUUCAAAAUGUUAAGUAGGACGGGAAAAUGUUGGGUGCCAGAGAAAUAGGGAGAGAAACAACUACGAAUAUCUUGGCUAAUUCAAAUAAAUUACUAUUUUUUUAUCUUUAUUUUUUUUAUUUUUUUUAUUUUACUUUUUUUUAAAUUA